AUGGCCCUUCUUCCAGGGGGAGGCAAUGCACAGUAUGCAACGGCCCAUGAAGAUCACCUGAUACCUGUUCCUGAUCACCUGACCAUCCAACAAGCAGCUGCUAUCCCUGAAGUGUGGCUGACCGCCUUUCAGUUGUUAUUCUUUGUUGCUAGCCUGAAGAAAGGAGACAUAGUCUUGAUUCAUGCUGGUGGAAGUGGUGUUGGUACAGCAGCCACUCAGCUCGUGAAGGAAUUCGGAGGAAUCCCUAUCGUGACGGCUGGUACCGAGGCUAAGCUACAGAAAGCUAGGAGUCUCGGGGCAACGGAGGCUUUCAAUUACAAGGAGGUGGAUUUUGCAGAGAAAGUUCUGGAGGUUACUCAAGGAAAAGGCGUAAACAUCAUCUUGGACUGCGUUGGUGGAUCAUACUGGGAAAAGAAUGUGAAGGCCUUCGCUCCUGACGGUACAUGGGUGCUGUAUGGAUUGAUGGGUGGACGGAAUGUAGAGGGCGCCCUACUGGGUGACAUUCUUCGUAAACGCAUCAGCAUUCGAGGCACUACGCUCAGACCAAGAUCUGAUCAGUACAAAGCCGAGUUGGUCAAGGCAUUCACCGAGAAGGCUCUCCCUCACUUCACACCCUCAUCCCCAGGAGAACAACCUCACUUCCAGCCGAUCAUUGACCGCGUCUUUCCCCUGGAGGAGAUCUCGGCGGCCCAUCAGUACAUGGACGAGAAUAAAACACUGGGUAAGGUCACACUCAGUGUAGCGCACACCACCAGCAAGCCUUCAGAUGAGCUAUAA